AUGUUAUUUGACACGGUUGAUGCUGCGUAUAACUUUUACAAAGCUUAUGCAGAAGCUGGAGGUUGGACUGUUAGGAAGGGCACACAACAUGAAAAUCGUGGUAUUGUUAUAAAUAAGUAUUUUUUUUGUUCAAAAAAGGGUCACAAAGAGUUUCGACCGGUCGACACUUUAACCGAACAGCCUUCUAAUAGGUGGGUACGUAGGGUACCAUCCAAAAGGACCGGAUGCCAAGCGGCGGUCAGAAUAAAGCUGAACGAUGCCAAAAAGUACGAGCUGUAUCAUUUCACAGAGGCGCACAACCAUGAUUUUGUGCACGAAGAAGAUUUACAUCUUCUCAAGGAAAACAUAGGUCUUAAUUGUGCGCACGAAGAGAUGAUAAAUAAGAUGUCCAAUCUUAACAUUGGUCCUGUUCGUGCAUUUAACAUUAUGAAGGAAGUGUAUGGUGGGUUCGACAAAGUCGAUGCGACCAAAGUUGAUUUCAUAAAUUUCAAGAAAGAAUUAAAUCUCUUCAUCGGAGAGUUUGAUGCUGAAAUGUUUGUCAAGCGACUAAUGAGGAAAAAGGAGUUUUUACUGAACUUUUCUUGCGAAUAUGAAACUACUGACGAAGGUGUGCUGAAGUGCAUUUUUUGGGCUGACGAGGAUAUGGAGAGGAAUGAUUAUAUGUUUGGAGACAUUGUAUCAUUUGAUGCUACCUACAAGCGGAACAAGUAUAACAUGAUGUUUGUCCCUUUUACUGGAAUUGAUAAUCUCAAUAGGAACGUCACACUUGGUGCUGCAAUUCUUGGUUCUGAAACGACAGAGACGUAUAGCUGGUUACUUAAGGCGAUCAGGAACGCAUAUGGGUACGCGCCUCCCGUAAUCGUUACUGACCAAGACCCUGUGAUGAAAAGGGCUAUAGCGGAUAUCGGAGCUGCCCUAUGUUCAAACACAGAUUUCAGGAAAAGAUUGUCUGUAGUUGUUUGGACUGAUUCUCUAUUGCCCGAAGCGUUUGAGACUGAAUGGGCAGCUAUCUUAAAUGAUUUUGGUUUAACCGACCAUGAAUGGCUGACGUAUAUAUAUGGGCUCCGUGAAUCAUGGAUUCCAGCUUACUAUCGCAAAGAAGAAAUGUCUGGACUUAUGCAGACGUCAUCUAGAUCCGAAAGUGAUAAUCACUUUUUUGGCAAGAUUAGCAAUCUAAAGUGCACGUUGGUUGAAUUUCUUAGCCACUUCGACACAGCUAUCGAAGCUGUCAGAUUAGAUCAUGUCGGUGAUUUCAUUAAGUUUUUUAUAAAGGAUCUCGAUCAGCCAUGUUCUGCGUUCUUUGAGGUUAUGAUACGCGAGGAGGAUGUUACUGUUAAGUGUAACUGCAACAGGUUUGAGCAGUUUGGAUUGUUGUGCAGUCACAUUUUUUGUGUGUUACGGAUUCUUGAUGUAAGGGAGUUUCCGAAACAAUAUAUAUUGAGGCGAUGGAUGCGUGAAGCUGUUCCAAAUAGUUCCCCCGGGUCCAUUCUUACGGAUGGUGGUGAUCCAGAUCGUAGUGAGGAGGUUAACCGUUGUGUUCGUGAGAUUAGUCACGCAACUGAGUAUGUUGUGAACAAGUUGAUUUCAAAAUUUGAUCAUUUGUGUAAUUUUUGUGAUCAUAUCAAGCAGUUUACGUCAGUCGUUGAUGAAGCUCAGAUAAAUGCACCUCCCAAGACACGACAUAAUCGAUUUGCUGAACUGCUGGGAGUUGCUCCAGAGAGCACGACCACUAUCCGUGUUCCAGUUGGUACCAAGUUCAAGGGUUGUGGUUCUCAUAAACGCCUCAAAUCUCAAAAGGAGCGAGCCAAAAGUCAGUCUGGAAGUAAACGUCAUCAAUGUUCAUUAUGUAAAAAAUAUGGUCAUAACAGAGUAACGUGUUGGAAAUACACCGUGGCUGUGCCUGAGGCAGGCGCUUCGCAGAAUGCUGAAGGUAAUGAUGCUAUAAUUGGCGAAGAUGACGCUGCUACAGUAGUUGAAGGUGAUGGUCCUGGAUCAAACAAUGCUGAUGAUGUGUUUUAUACAUCUGGAAACGAUGCAGAUAUGGAUGAUGAAGACAUGGCAGAGUAG